GCCGUUCCCACCACCAGCAAGCAAUCAGCCCACGCCUCACAGCUGGAGCUUACUUCAAUUACGAUGCGGUGCUCCGUGAGCGCACACCGGCGGGCAUUCCGACUGCACAAAGAUGACAAAGUCAGCGCAAAACGCCAUGGUCAGCAGCUGCGCCUUUCGCUCUCUAGCUCCAUACAAGGGGCGGAGAGUUUCUCCAAUACACGUGCGGCGCAUAGCUUCUAGAAGAGCUUUUUUUCUACGAUUGCGACUCUGGUGAUGGAUGCAAUCUCGCAUAGCGAGGCUUAGCGGUGGUUUCGUAGGGCGCGGCCGUGCAACCUCGCUCGCAGCCUGGCACUCCCAAUGACGAGGAAAGAAAAUAAAAGAGCUCAAUCUCCUUUUCCAUCCUCAUCGUACGAAAUAUUUCCGCGGCCUUCUAUUCCUCCCUCAUUCGUCUUGUGUGUCACUUAUAUGGCGUAACGCAUCAUCGCGGCUCGAGAUGCUCUCACGCCGGCACCGCCCACCUUGGGAGCGCGGCUGAGCCUGCCAGCGUGGUUUACACGUUGCCUACCUUGCUAAACACGCAUUGUAUAUACCGAUCUCGGCUAUUUUGUUUCUCGACAUAGUCGACAUGACCCGGCUUAUUCCAAACACCUCCAUCGUGAGAUUUCCCUUCGAUUGGCCUCAGCGCGGCUACUAUUCCGGGGCUCGUCUCCCCAUACAAAAGUGGCAGCGCGGCACGGGCCAGCAGCAAACCCAGAGCAACACAAAAAAAGGACCCCGCGCUCCGGCUCCGGCAGCGCGCACCGACACCGAAAGUCCGCCGUUCUCGGAAUCUGCACCACCACCCCCACUGUAAAAGCGCUGUAGCUCUAGCUUCUGCGACAGUUACACACCACUACGGAGCUGCAAGCCGCAGUUAGCUGCAGGCGGCUUACGGCAGCGCUCCCACUAGCUAAAAGAGGACCCCUGGGAAGGGAAAGCCGAUGAAAGAGAUGCCGAGAGAACAACGGCCAAGUCGGUAAUACGUGAGAGAACAAGCGAAGAAGGAAUUCAGAAAAAGACGAUAGACAAAAGCUGAGCCGCUAAACGGGCGGUUGGCGUUUUAUUCCCCCACACACGGUUACCGCCCACCCUUUUGAACUGCCCAUAAUAGCACUAUUACCUCCAGGCGGCUGGCUUGCCCGCAGUGACGGCACAGCGAAGCGCGGUCCACCGAAUCCAGACAACCGGUGACCCCCCAAAAAAAGAAGAACAGCUACCCCUCCACUUCUUUCUUUGUACUUUUUCUUCCCCCGCCAUCCCUCUACCAUCUUUCUUGUUUCCUUCUUCCCCAUAACCAAAUCUCUUCAGAUCCUAUCACAUUCAACACAACUCUUUCACACAAUGGCUUCUGCUGCUGCUCCUACUGGCCGCCUUGCCGGCAAGAACGCCAUCAUCACUGGUGCUGCUGGUGGUAUUGGUCUCGAAACCGCCAUCCUCUUCGCCAAGGAGGGUGCCAGCGUCCUUCUCUCCGAUAUUUCCACUCCUGCCCUCGAAAAGGCCCUUGCCAAGGUCAAGCAGCUUGUGCCCAACGCUCCCCGCGUCGAGGUCGUCCAAUGUGACGUCUCCAAGGAAGACCAGAUCAAGGCCAUGGUUGAGUCGCUCGAUGCCUGGGGUGGCAUGGACAUCAUGUUCAACAACGCCGGCAUCAUGCACGCCAGGGACGACGACGCCGUCAACACCCCCGAGGAGAUCUGGGACCUGACCCAGGCCAUCAACGUCAAGGGCGUCUGGUUCGGCUGCAAGCACGCUGUGCUCGCCCUCCGCCGCAACAACAAGACCAAGGGCUCCAUCAUCAACACGGCGUCCUUUGUCGCCCUCAUGGGCGCUGCUACUCCCCAGCUCGCCUACACAGCCUCCAAGGGUGCCGUCCUCGCCCUCACUCGCGAGCUCGCCAUGGUCCACGCCCGCGAGGGAUUCCGCUUCAACUCCCUCUGCCCUGCUCCCCUCAACACCCCGCUCCUCCAGGACUGGCUCGGUGACGACCAGGCCAAGCGUAACCGCCGCGAGGUCCACUUCCCUACCGGCCGCUUCGGUGAGGCCGUUGAGCAGGCCCACGCCGUCGUCUUCCUUGCCAGUGACGAGUCUAGCUUCGUCAACGGCCAUGACUUUGUUGUUGACGGCGGUCUCAGCAAGGCCUACGUUACCCCCGAGGGCCCUGCCCCUGCUGCUCCCCAGAACAACGCUUCCAAGGACUCCUUGUAAACACGUCUUGUUCCAUGUAUAAUGACUUAUGCUGCGGCUCUACAAAGAAAAAACGAACCACGUUCACUUAAUAAUACAAAAUAAAAAUUCCAUUAUAUAUCACUACUUUCGCAGUGUCUUUUUUCUACAAGUCGAAAUGUUAAGGAUAUAAAAAAACAUAAAACGCCAAUUCAAAUGCGCCAAAGGGUCUUCCUCCGUUUUUUUCUUUUACCAUCCAUCCCUUAUAUAGCUAGCUUAAUUGAACUGGCCCUCAGUGUUGCCGUCACCCAUGCUCUUGGAGCUCGAGCUGCCGCUCUGAAUGGCGCCGAGGAUGCCAUCAAUGUAGCUGGCACCGCUCCACUUCUGAUGCGUGAGAACAUCGCACUUGAGGUCCUUUUCACGGCGCUGUACGAGAUCGACGUAUGCCUUCAUGCCGUCCGUCUUGAAGUCGCGGGCCAGCUCGGUGGUGAUGGUGGCGCUGGUGUGUAGACCAGCCAGCGAAACAAGCUGCAGCACAAAGCCCUCCUUGGCAAUGUCCCAGAUGAACGACUUGAGCGUCUCCUCGCUGAAGCCGUGCGCCAUCCAGUUAAACGACGGCGACAGGUUGUACACCAGGCCCUUACCAGGGAAGACCUCGCGCACGGCACGGCCGAGCUUGCUGGCCACCUCGACGUUGGGGUCGCCAGUCUCAACCCACAGCAGAUCGGCGUAGGGGCCAAAGGCAAGCGCACGCUUGGUAGCGGCGGCCAUGCCGGCCUUGAAGUGGUAGAAGCCCUCGCGGGUGCGGGGGACGUCCCAGUUGAAGUAGACGGGGGUCUUGGAGUAGUGGGCAGCAAGGGCACGGCGGCGCGUAAUGCCCAUGUCGCGGUCGGCCUGUGUGGCAGACAGGUAUUCAGAGAUCUUGUCCUCGGCGACGCCUUCGCUGCGCAUGUGAGCCACGGCGGCCUCGUCAAAGGUGACGAGGGUUGUCUUCUUGACCCAGGCGGCUUCAAAGGUGUCAAUCUCGGGGCCGCUGGCACCACGGGCCUCCAUGGCCUGGAUAGUCUCGGCAAGAGGCUCAAUUGAUGCAUCAGUGACACCAAGGAUGAAUUCGUGGUCGCGUACAUCAAUGGCCGAGGAGAUUAGCUUGCCAGACUCGGAGUCGGUGCGGGCAAUAACCAGGUUCUCAGAGCCCAUGACGUCCCACUGGAAGCGGGCGGCAUUGAGGCGGUUGAUGUGCUCGCCGGUAGGGACGAGGACCUUGCCAGCAAGAUGACCGCACUUCUUGCCGCCAUGGAGCUGGUCUUCAAAGUGCACGGCAGCGGCACCGUUCUCGGCAAACAGCUUGGCCAACUUGAGAACAGCAGACAGGCCACCGUGACCAGUGUCACCGUCGGCGAUGAUGGGGCGAAGGUAAUCGGUGUAAGGUGUCUUGGCGCGCUCUUCGGCCGUCAUCUUACGGCGAGCAUCCCACUGCUUACGGUCAUGCAUGGACUGGGCCUUGGCCAUACGCUGGACCUGGUUGGGGACCGUGUUAUACGGGUAGUCGCCAAAGUCGGGGGAGACUUCGUUGGUCGAUGUGAGGAGCGACGAGCAUGCCCAGCCAGACAAGUAGAGGACCUCUUGAUGGGGAGCUUGCUGUGUCAUUUGAACGGGAUCAAUGGCUCCGACUGGACGAGGUGAUUGUUAGUUUCUUCAUUAGCAAGUAGAUUGGCUCACAGCAGAUCAAACGUACGUGUGUGAAUGGGCUCGCCCUUGGCAGAGCGCUCUUGGAUCAGGUCAAAGAGCUUAGCAGCCAUGACGGAGCUGGGGUAAGAGAUGCGCUGAGAGCCGCGCUUGGAAACAACGUCGGCAGCGCUGUAGGGUCUCUUGAUGCCAGCGUAACGAGGGGACGCCCACCACGCUUCGACUUCCUUGAGCUGGGCCUCGUACAGGGCAUCUUCUGCCUCGCCGGCCUUUAGAGACUCGGGCAGAAGCUGGAAGGAGUCCUGGGCUGGGAUGCCAGAGGAGAACAUGUUGGUGGGAGCAGACAUGCGGACGGCGGAGGUCGAGAUGGCGCGGGCAGCGGCGAUUGGGGAUGAUCGGGUGGCAGAGAAGAGAACUCGCUUGGGAGCAGGGGCUCGCGAGAGGGCUCGUCGCAUCAUUUUUGCUGAUAGCAGCAGUACGAAGAGAUUCGAGAAGG